CAAACCGGAGAGUGCGCUUGGGAAAAACCGGCAAAUAUCAAAUUACAUCAAAGGGAUCCAACCGGAGAAUGGUGGGAGUUUUAUGAUGAGGAACAUCAACAUCCCUAUUAUUAUCAUCCCACAUCUGGCCAAACAGAGUGGACCGUGCCUAAAACCGGAACCAUCAUCUCUUUAAAAAAAAUUCAGAAUUCCUCAAUCGGUAAAAGGAUGUCGGUGGCUUUGAUACCCUCUGAUGGUAUGGACAUCAAUCAGAUGCAACUAUUGCACACUUCCGCGGAAGCCAAAUAUGCAAGCACGAUGAAUCCGGACCGAUCUCCUGGAAUGUUGAGCUCGAUGAGCGCGUUUACGAGAUCCAUCGAGAAUCUAACCAUCACUGGAUCUCCACCGUCGUUAAAUUCGUCGUGUCCUAAACAAGGCAUGAAUGGAGUGCAGAGAACACGUGACAUGGAUUCGUCGAAUAUGAAGAGUGAACAAUCAAAGGAUUCACUUGCCUCCAAGACGGAAAUCGAUUACUCAUAUCAGAAAAAUUCGGUCGUUCAAGAGGCGACGAAACCUUUGUCACAUAAAUCGUCGGAAAACUCCUCGGAUGAAUAUAGCAGUUCCAAUCCUUCCGAAGGUACAACGCUAUCUAUAACCAACACGGCCAUAUCAGAAAAAACCAUUGCAUCUCUGAACGGGGGCGCAUCUUUGUCGAAGUCGGGUUCAAAAGCUUCGAGGUCAAGACCGUCCAUUAAAUCGAGUAACAGCGCAGCCUCUGUGACGGCUUCCGGUCAAAAGACACCUGUCAAUGGAAACGAUCAGGUGACGCCAACCAGAAAAUAUUCAAAAUCCGUGAAUCCUAAUAGAGUUUCCGGAAUCAGUAGCCCUUCCAUAAACUUCGAAGAGGACACGACGAAAUUCACGAACAAGUACACGGACCUUGGACGAAAAAGAUCCGGUUAUCAGUUGCACACACGAAAGUUGAGUACCGGUGAGGUCAAGAUCAUGCCACAAGAAUUGCAGCAAGACAUAGUGCAAUUCAGCAUCGAUGGAUUUGCCAGGAAAUAUUUUA